GCGGGACGGGGAGGCCUGUCAGUCGGCUUCUCCCGAGACAGCUGAGGGGAGAAGAGGAGAUUUGGGGUGUGCGCCUAAUAAUAAAGGGGAAGGGAGUGUCGGGUUCCUCGGAGCCUCCUCCGAGGCUGUCAGCAGCCUGUCUUGCUGUCGCCGCCGCCGCUGCUCCUGUUCUGCUUGCCUUCCCGCGGACGCUGGGGCUGAGCGGGAAGAAGAGCAGGAGGGGAGCGCGCUCAGAGACCACCUUUCUCUCGCGUCUGUUGAAGUCCCUUCUGCUGCCUGGCUGAAGGGAGGAGUUGGCUGGCUGUUUGGCUUCUCCCCCACCCCUUCCCUGGGUCCUUCCCUUGUCCCUGCCCGUGUGUGGAGGGGAGGAAAAGCUGGCUGGCUCCGUCUGCGCCUCACCCCCCCAUGCCACCCCGCUUGCCCGGGCACACCCCUCUCCUGGUGACUUCGGUUGACCAGAAGUGUGGGGAGAAGGAAGCAGCGGAGAGAACUGGACGGGGGAAGGGGAAGAGAAGGGACCUCGUGAGGGAGAAGCGGCCCCUCUUUGUCGGGUGGCUUAGGAUGUCUGAAGAGGAAGGCAAGAGGACAGGACUGGAAGGAGGCGUGGCUGAAGGUUGGGAGCUGCUUUCUGUGGGACAGAGCGGGAAGCGCGCGAUGAGGGCAGUCAACACUCCUUGUGCAGGGGCGAACUGAAGAAAUUGUCUCCCAGCUGAACUACUAUGAGGUCAGAAGCCUUGCUGCUAUAUUUCACACUGCUACACUUUGCUGGGGCUGAUUUCCCAGAAGAUCCUGAGCCAAUCAGUAUUUCGCAUGGCAACUAUACAAAACAGUAUCCGGUGUUUGUGGGUCACAAGCCAGGACACAACGCCCCACAAAGGCACAGACUGGACAUCCAAUUGCUCAUGAUCAUGGACAGAACCCUCUACAUUGCUGCUAGGGACCAUAUUUAUACUGUUGAUAUGGAUGCAUCACAUGCAGAAGAAAUUUAUUUUAGCAAAAAAUUGACAUGGAAAUCAAGACAGCUCGAUGUAGACACAUGCAGAAUGAAGGGAAAACAUAAGGAUGAAUGUCAUAACUUUAUUAAGGUUCUUUUAAAAAGGAAUGAUGAUACAUUAUUUAUUUGUGGGACAAAUGCCUUCAGUCCCUCCUGCAGGAGUUAUAAGAUGGAUACACUGGAGUUCCUGGGAGAAGAGUUCAGCGGAAUGGCCAGGUGUCCUUAUGAUGCAAAGCAUGCCAAUGUUGCAUUGUUCGCAGAGGGAAAGCUGUAUUCUGCCACUGUGACAGAUUUCCUUGCGAUAGAUGCUGUGAUUUACAGGAGCCUUGGAGACAGUCCAACUCUGCGGACGGUCAAACAUGAUUCAAAAUGGUUGAAAGAGCCUUACUUUGUUCAUGCAGUUGAUUAUGGCAACUAUAUCUACUUCUUCUUCCGAGAAAUAGCAGUGGAAUACCACAGCAUGGGAAAGGUUGUUUUCCCCAGAGUAGCUCGGGUUUGCAAGAAUGACAUGGGUGGAUCUCAGCGAGUGCUAGAAAAACAGUGGACUUCCUUCCUCAAGGCACGGCUGAACUGUUCAGUUCCUGGUGAUUCGCACUUUUACUUUAAUAUACUGCAGGCAGUUACUGAUGUUAUCCAUAUCAAUGGUCGGAAUAUUGUCCUAGCUACAUUCUCCACUCCUUAUAACAGCAUCCCUGGCUCAGCUGUCUGCGCUUAUGAUAUUCUUGACAUUGCCAAUGUAUUUACUGGGAGAUUCAAAGAACAGAAGUCUCCAGAUUCCAUAUGGACACCAGUUCCUGAUGAACGAGUGCCCAAGCCCAGGCCUGGUUCUUGUGCUGGUGCUGCAUCACUUGAAAAGUACACCUCUUCCAAUGAAUUUCCAGACGAUACACUAAACUUUAUCAAAACACAUUCUCUCAUGGAUGAAGCAGUACCAUCAAUUGUCAACAAACCAUGGUUUCUGCGAACAAUGGUCAGAUACCGCCUGACCAAAAUUGCUGUAGACAAUGCUGCUGGACCGAAUCAGAAUCAAACUGUGGUUUUCCUUGGCUCAGAGAAGGGAAUCAUUUUGAAGUUCCUGAUUAAAACAGGAAGCAAUGGUUUUCUCAAUGACAGUCUUUUUCUGGAGGAGAUCAGCAUUUAUAAUUCUGAAAAGUGCAGCUAUGAUGGAGUAGAAGACAAGAGAAUUAUGGGGAUGCAACUGGACAAACAAAGCAGUGCCCUUUAUGUAGCAUUUUCAAACUGUUUAAUUAGAGUUCCCCUGGGAAGAUGUGAACGUCACGGCAGGUGCAAAAAGGCCUGCAUAGCUUCUAGGGACCCCUACUGUGGAUGGAUGAAGGAAACAGGGGCGUGCAUGCAGCUAUCACCCGGAGCCACACUGGCAUUCGAGCAGGAUGUAGAGCAUGGCAAUACCGAAGGCCUGGGUGACUGCCAAAAUUCGUUCGUAGCACUGAAUGACAUUUCAACUACACCAUCAGAUUAUGAAAUGUCUUACACAACAUUGUAUGGACACUCCAGUUCCCUCCUUCCCAGUACCACCACUUCAGACUCUCCAGCCCAAGAGGGCUAUGAUGCUGGGGGGCGCAUGCUAGAUUGGAAGGAUCCAGUUGGCUCUUCUGAGAACAUAAAUCCAUAUGUGGCUGUUUCAUCUCAUAAUCAUCAGGACAAGAAGGGAGUGAUUCGUGAGAGUUACCUCAAAGGGCAUGAUCAGCUAGUGCCUGUCACCCUCCUGGCCAUUGCAGUUAUCCUUGCCUUUGUCAUGGGUGCUGUCUUCUCGGGGAUCAUAGUCUACUGCAUCUGUGACCAUCGGCGCAGAGAUGUGACCAUUGUGCAGAGAAAGGAGAAGGAACUGGUCCAGUCCCGCCGAGGCUCCAUGAGUAGCGUCACAAAGCUCAGUGGCCUCUUUGGAGACAGUCAGUCGAAAGAGCCGAAGCCCGAAGCCAUUCUCACUCCUCUGAUGCACAACGGCAAACUUUCUACCCCAAGCAGUACUGCCAAGAUGCUCAUCAAAGCUGAUCAGCAUCACUUAGACCUAGCUGCUCUACCAACACCAGAGUCCACCCCAACACUUCAGCAGAAGAGGAAGCCUAGCCGUGGCAGCAAGGACUGGGAAAGAAACCAGAACCUCAUCAAUGCUUGUACGAAAGAUAUCCCCCCAAUGGCAUCACCCGUGAUCCCCACAGACCUUCCACUAAGGGCUUCUCCCAGUCACAUCUCGAGUGUUGUCGUCCUGCCCGUCUCUCAGCAAGGCUACCAGCACGAGUACGUUGAUCAGCCAAAAAUGAGCGAUGUGACACAGAUAGCGAUGGAGGACCAAAAUGCCACUCUUGAGUACAAAACUAUCAAGGAGCAUCUCAGCAGCAAGAGCCCCAACCACGGGGUAAACUUGGUGGAAAACCUGGAUAGCAUGCCACCAAAAGUACCCCAGAGGGAAGCCUCACUGGGCCCCCCUGGGUCUUCACUCGCUCAGAGCAGUCUGGGCAAGCGACUGGAAAUGCAUUCUUCCACUUACAACGUGGACUACAAGCGAAACUACCCUACGAACUCGCUUACAAGAAAUCAUCAGACAUCAACUCUCAAAAGGAAUAAUACUAAUUCUUCUAAUUCCUCCCACCUCUCACGAAAUCAGAGCUUUGGCAGGGGAGACAACCCUCCUCCUGCUCCACAAAGAGUGGACUCUAUACAAGUCCAUGCUGCUCAGGGUCAGACCAUGACUGUAUCGAGGCAGCCCAGUCUCACCACGUACAACUCGCUGACCAGAUCAGGGUUGAAACGCACACCAUCGUUAAAACCCGAUGUACCCCCCAAGCCUUCCUUUUCCCCGCUGUCAGCAUCCAUGAAGCCUAAUGAUGCAUGUACAUAAUCACCGUGGGGUGGGGCAGGGCGGGGAACAGCAGGGGACCAGAGUAUGUUCUUUUAAAGCCAGCAUUUGGCAGCCACAUUGAUCGUAUCAGCUGACCAGGAGGCUGCCAAACUUGAGAAUAUCCUGCUCUCUGGGAAAAGUGGAAUAUUUUUUAACCAUCGGGCCAUGCAGUCCAUGGUUUUGCAACUGUAGGACCCACCCACCCCCCACAAUGCAACAGGUCCUUACUCAAAAGACUAACCACAAACAUUGAGCCAAAAGCACACACACGAAUGAUGACUGUGAUAAUUCCACUCUCAACUGCACAGUGCACCCCAGAACUGGAAAAAUGGGUGCUUUGAAAGCAAAAAGAAUAGGGAAAAGAACCACCAACAGCAGCAAAGGAAUUCAUUGAUUAAGCUAACUCUUAACUGAACUGUGGCAGACUUUUACUAUGUGCAGGUACUGUGAAAUGCCCAUCAGUGUUACAGCCAUUUGGUUAUAGCAGAUUGCCAUGUUGGGCCACAAUUCUGUCAUAGGUUUCUCUGCUACUUUUGUCUUUUAAUGAAUAACAUGUGACUGUUAACGCAAGUAACUCCUAUUAUUUAUUGUUCAUCCUUUUUGAUUUUUUUUUAAUUCCUAAGGAAAUUACUUCUGCAUAUCAUCAUAUGAGCAGCUUUCUCAAGAAGGGAAAAACAAUGACAACGACAACAAAAUGCAUUGAAAAUUAUGCCUAUUUAACGUGAAACCCAUUAACUGGAGUAAUUAAUACUCUUUUUAUUUUUCCAAUAAAUUCACUGAGUUAAAUAAGAUGGAGGUGGAAUUUUGAACUUUUGUGUUUGGACUCUCUGAUCUCUUUCUGGCAAACAAAAAGCAAGGGCGGGGGAGGGGAGCAUUGAUUUCCAUCUGAGUUAGUUUCACAGGCUGGCCUUCCCUGCCUCUGUGUCAAGCAGCAACAAAGCAGCCAACCUCCCUCCCACCAAGCCCUCCCCUCCUCAGAGCUCCUCUCAUCCUCCAGUGAUGUCCUACAGAGGAAGCUCUUUGAAAGCUGCACACCUCUGCCCCAGUAGCUGUGAACAUGGUUUUUUUUGUCAAUAAAUAAUAUUGUUCUGUGAAAGCACCAGCUUGUUCUCUGCCAUCUCAUUUCACCCUUGCAUGUGAAAUGGCAAACAAAACAAAACAACAAUCCCACAAACAGUGUGAACUCAUUUAUAUGCUGGCUUCUGCCAUGCAUAUUGUUUUUUGGUCUUAGUGCACGGGUUUUUGUUUGUGGGACUACAUCUGUGAAUAGCCUAUUUUCUUCCACAUGUAAAUUUGUGCCUUACACCCUCUGUUGUGCAUAUUUGUGAGCUGUAGUGUAUACCACCUUGCCCUAUAAUAAAUCAGAUAUUUAUUUCUCCGUCCCUCAGUCAUCCUCCUGGAGAACUGGGAAAUGGGCAGUUGCCGUUCCCAGAAGAAUGUUGUGAUUACUGGAAUAAACAACAUUCUGACUUGUAAGAAGACAGAUUGAUAACCUUGCUCCAGUUGUUCCUGUGUUGUUUCUCCAACCAUCUCGGGCUAUUGAUGCCAGUAUAGAUGCUGUACUGUGACCAGCAUUUCCUUCAACCUGACUAUUUUCACAUCAUUUCAGCUUAGUGAUUAUGUCCUUAUUAUUCAUAACCAGCAAGACGUCACGAGUGGAUUGUCGCCAAGUCCAGAGUGUCAGCUGGAGACAAGGUCUGUGUCUGGUGCACAAAUCCUAGGCACAUGUGUGGCAAACAGGUGGCCCAUGAAAUGAAACGGAAGUAAAUAAGAAAGCAGGCUGGUUCCUGCUGUUUUACUGUUAACUCUUACAAGAAGGGCAAAUCCAGUAGGGAGCUACAAAACCCUUUUGUUUCUUUAAGCGCAAGAUCUGAUGUUGAUUUGAUCAGAUCCCAUUUGUUGGGUUGGAGAGGGCCUAUGGUUGCAGAGUGUGUGGGGGUAUGUGUGUUUUGACUAUGUUGCCGUUGCUUGUGCACAAGCAUAGCUUUUGUUUUUAAUCUGUUCCUAUAACUGUGUCAACAUGCUGUAGCAAAAAAAGAAAGAAAACAGACAAACAGGAAAAAAAACCCAGAAUGUGUGUGUUUUAUAUUGCCUGGACAGAAUGUGUGGAAGGGGAGGGUGUUGUUUUUGGGUUGGACUUCUUUGGGGCAGGACUUUUUUUUUUAAAGAAUUUUUUAUAUAUAUACUUCCUUUGGAUUUAUUUUGUUGGAACAGGGAAGGCAUUUGAAGUUGUCAGAAACAAAAAGGAAAGUCUUCGUGUUGGUUAGCAGCGCAUGGGUGACCCAUUCAGAAGGUCUGAAGAAUCAAAACCAAAGUGGGUAGCAGGGGUGCCUCCCUAUCUGCUCCUUUUGUCUCUUGCUCAUUAACCUGGUUUGUUCACAGUUAGUGCCACUGUGCAUAUGAGAGUCUAAGCAGUGCUUCUGUUCAGGAUUUUUGUUUUACUCCCUGCUGAUUUUUUUCCUAACCUUCAGGGGAUUCAUCAUGAAAGAAAAGGAGGAAGGCAGGUUUUCCCCUCCCCAGCUCAACCUCUUGGAGUCCCAAAGGACAUGGUGCCACUUUGCUACAUCUGAGCAAAGCACUGUGUCAUAACAGAGAUAUGAAUCAUCACUGCCGCUUUGUGCAGGGACCUCCCUUGGUAAUAUAGAAUACAUCACGCCAACCACUGGGUUGACCUUCAAGUGCCCAUUUUGUACUCCAGUGUGCUUUCUGUUCAGAACUUUCUCUGCCUCCCCACAUAUUUACCUUCCCUUUGUGUGAAAAGGUCCUUAGACCUACGUGUGCCUUUGCUUUCCACCCUUGCUAUACUCUGGUAGACACAACCAAGUCUCAUUUGUUGUAACGUUGUAAAAUAUUAUGAUGUCACAGACCUGCCUUCAUCUUCACGUCUCCCUAACAUCUGAUUCACAUUUUAAUGUAUGUUGGGGGGUGUUUUUUUUUAAAAAAAAGGAAAGUGGGAGAGGGGUAAGAUUUUUUUAAAAAUAGCACAUGGAGGGGGAAAGGCAAGGGAAGAAAAAUAAAGUCUCUUGAUGAUAUAAAGUAAUAAAAUCAGACUGUUCUA